CCACAGCUGCGCCACAGGGCGAUACCUAGGCAUCGAAACUCGCUUCGCCGUGAACACCAGAUACCCACCUCGUAAUCAGAAAAACACACACCUGAACCACGUAUGUAAAUCUUUGCGAAUUUUGACUCAGCUGAAAAGCCCCAUGUUGAGAUCUUUUGGCCCGUACCCGCGUUUGAUAAUUAGAGUUCUUCUGCUGGCAGCAUUUAUCGGCCUGGCCAGAUAUCUUUCGAAUUCCUCUUCUUCGUCAACCACCAUGUCCCCUCCCCCUGAUGCAUCUGAGGUGGCUUCAGCCUUACUCAGUGAGCAUGGUCUCUACCUGCAGUCCAUUCAAGUCCUACAAUCCCUUUGGGCUGGGUAUGGCAAGAUAUGUCGCAUCACAGCAACCCCAAACUCCCCACAAUCCUCGACAUCAACAUCCAGAACAGCAUCCAGCGCCUCCACCCCGCAACAAUUCCAAUCGUACAUACUCAAGCUCAUAGCGCCACCACCUACAUCCUCCAACAAUGAAGGCCACAUCCGCAAGAUCUUGAGUUAUCAAGUCGAGCAAUACUUUUACACUCAUCUCGCCCCGCAAAUGCCACCUUCCAUCCCCGUUGCGAAAGCCCUCUCGAGUACCCACGAAUCCCGUUCAGGAGGAUCCCUUAAAAUGGCUAUGCUCCUCACAGAUCUCAAACAAAUCUAUCCCAUCGCUGGUGAAAAGCGCUCCGAAUUGACCUCAAUCCAAGUCGACGCCGCUCUAGACUGGCUGUCCUCCUUCCAUGGUUUCUGGCAACCGCGUGUCAAAGACUUUGACCAUACCUCGCUCGUUCGGCCACCACUAGAAGAAGAAACCCAUCGCAAACAGCAAGAGAGAUUGAACUCUAGAAACGACAACACGACGACAGUCUGGCUAAACGGCGGUUACACCUACCUCGCAACACGCCAGUCUGAAUACACAUCCCUCCUCUCAUCACACGACUCUGAAUGGCACGAACCUCUGACAGACUGGAUCCAGGACACAUCUUCAAUAUCGCACUACGUCGCCGCCGUUCUAUCUCCCCCUAAAACUGCGACUUCGCAUACACCAACGACUCCGUAUAUGACGCUGCUUCACGGCGACGUCAAGUCCGAGAACCUCUUCACGACUUCGGAUAUGAAGACGGCUGUCAUGUAUGAUUUCCAGUACGUAGGGCUCGGCUUGGGUGUUUGUGAUUUGGCGAAAUUGUUUACCUGCUCUGUUCCCUUGUCGCUUCUCGUGCCCUCCGACUUACUUUCCGCUUCUCUUCCGCGCAAACUCUCCAUGCAGGAGGGUGAAGUAGCGCUGUUGCGGCGCUACUGGACGAAUGUAAAGGAGAAGAGCGGGCAAGCGUACGAUUGGGAUAUUUUUGUAAGGCAUUGGGAGACUGCGUUGGUCGAUUGGUGUCGGUUUCAAGCUAGUUGGGGGUUCUGGGGGAAUGAAGAAUGGUUGGGUGCGAGGGUGCGGUGGGUGUUGGCUGAUGAGGGGUGGAGGGACGGCGUGCUAGGGAUGGGUGAGGUUGAGGGAGAGAAGGGGUGUGUCACCCUCCUUCUUCACCGCUUGCACAGAAUACACGCUCUCGCCAUCGCAACAACUUCAAUCCAUCCCAUCGAAACCACAGCAACCAAAAUUGAAUUCUCCAAUCUUCCCUUAAUCCAGUUUAUUGCCGUCCCAUCCGCUCCACCCACCAUCCCACUCCACUCCACCUUUUCUCCACCCUUCCCUCGGUCGGUCCGAGAAUACAGCAACGCGCUCUUUUCGCAAUUUUCCUGCCUAAUGCGGUACCUUCAAUACGCCCACUAUACCAAAUUCCCAAUCUCCCCCGGUCCCAAAUGCUGCUGUGGAACCUAUGACGCAUCAUCGAUCAACAGUUUUAGCGUUAAAUUCCUGAUAUAG